GUGUUGUACGCCCCUUCCGUGUUGCAUGGCCAGUUGGUCGAGUUGACUGGACCACAGAAUCCGCGAAGUUUCCCAGCAUAUGCACCCACUUGGCGGUUUGUUUCAGCACAUCUGAGGGAGAGUUCACAUCUAGAAGACAAGCUGUUCUCCAUAAAAAGUUACCUCCUCUCCAUCCAAGAUGACAGGCGAUCUGAUGCCGCAGCUGAACCUGACAGGUGAACAGGUGCGGGACAUGUUCAUUAAGUACUUUGAGGAGAAACAUGAACACCUGGAGGUCCACUCCUCCUCAACUAUCCCGCUGGACGACCCCACGCUGCUCUUCGCUAAUGCUGGGAUGAACCAGUUCAAGCCGAUAUUCCAGGGCACGGUUGACCCCAGUAACCCCAUGGCGAAGUACCGCCGGGUGGUGAACUCACAGAAGUGCAUCCGCGCCGGCGGCAAGCACAACGACCUUGACGACGUGGGCAAGGACGUCUACCAUCACACCUUCUUCGAGAUGUUGGGAAACUGGUCCUUCGGAGACUACUUCAAGAAAGAGGCGUGUGCGUGGGCGUGGGACCUGCUGGUGAACGGCUACCAGCUUGAGAAGGAGCGGAUGUAUGUGACGUACUUCGGCGGCAACAAGGACCAGGGCCUGGAACCCGACCUCGAGUGCCGCCAGAUCUGGCUCGACCUCGGUGUUGCUGAGGACAGGAUCCUGCCAGGCAGCAUGAAGGAUAAUUUCUGGGAGAUGGGUGAGGUCGGCCCGUGUGGACCCUGCUCGGAGAUCCACUACGAUCGCGUCGGCGGCCGGGACGCUUCUCACCUGGUGAACAUGGACGUGCCGGAGGUGCUGGAGAUCUGGAACCUCGUCUUCAUGCAGAACAACAGAGAGCCUGACGGAAGCAUCACCAACCUGCCCAAGAAGAACAUCGACUGUGGGAUGGGGCUGGAGCGGAUCCUGUCCGUCGUGCAGGGCGUUCUCUCUAACUACGACACCGACCUCUUCACUCCGUUCUUUGCUGCCAUACAGAAGGCCACUGGAGUUCGACCCUACACCGGGAAGGUCGGGUCAGACGACGCUGACGGAAUCGACAUGGCGUACCGGGUUCUCGCUGACCACGCUCGAACGCUAACCAUCUCCAUGUCUGACGGGGGCAAGCCCGACAACGUGGGGAGGGGGUACGUGUUGAGGCGAAUCCUACGGCGCGGCGUGCGCUACGCGACCGAGAAGCUGAAUGCUCCGCGGGGGUUCUUCGCUUCGCUCGUGGACGUGGCCGUGCAGACACUGGGCAGUGCCUUCCCGGAGAUCACCAAGGACCCUCAGAUGGUGAAGGACAUCAUCAACGAGGAGGAGGAGCAGUUCUUAAAGACGCUGUCUCGGGGACGCAGGGUUCUGGAGAAGAGAAUCACCCAGCUGGGAGACUCCAAGGUCGUGCCAGGAGAGACUGCCUGGCUGCUGUACGACACGUACGGUUUCCCUGUGGAUCUGACCAGUCUAAUGGCAGAAGAGAAGGGACUGACGCUGGACUGUGCUGCGUAUGAGGAGUGCAGGAAACAAGCUCAGAUCCGUUCCCAGGGGAAAGGAGCGGGUGUAGACGACAGUGUUAACCUGGACGUGCACGCCAUCAACGAGCUACAGGAGAAGGGCUUUCCUCCGACCGACGACUCACCGAAGUACCAGUACAGCCAUGAUGAUAACGGGAACUAUGUGUUCCAGCCCUGCACUGCAGCCGUGGUGUCGCUGCGGAGAGACAAAAAGUUCGUCCAGGAGGUCACCACAGGUCAGGAGUGCGGCGUGCUGCUGGACCGUACCAACUUCUACGCCGAGCAGGGGGGGCAGAUCUACGACGAGGGGUACCUUGUCAAGGAGGAUGACGAGGAAACAGAGUUUACCGUGAAGAACUGCCAGGUGCGGGGGGGCUACGUCAUGCACAUCGGAACACUGGUCGGAACUCUCAAGGUCGGAGACAAGGUCAAACUCUUUGUGGACGAGGCGAGAAGGAGGCCCAUCAUGAGUAACCACACUUCCACACACGUGCUGAACUUCGCCCUGAGACAAGUCCUCGGCGAGGCAGACCAGAGAGGCUCCCUCGUCGCCCCCGACAGACUCAGGUUCGACUUCUCCGCAAAGGGCGCCAUGACGACCGCCCAGAUUAAGGCGGCAGAGAACAUCUGUAACGAGAUCAUCCAGAAAAACGAGGCGGUUUUCGCCAAGGAGGCGGCGCUUGCUCAGGCCAAGGCUAUCCAGGGCCUCCGGGCCGUGUUCGACGAGACCUACCCUGACCCAGUGCGAGUGUUGUCCAUCGGCAUCUCCGUGGAGGACAUGCUGUCAGACCCCACCAGCCCAGCCGGAACCAUCACCUCCGUGGAGUUCUGUGGUGGAACGCAUUUACAGCGUGUGGGCCAUGCAGGUGACCUUGUGAUCGUGACGGAGGAGGCCAUCGCCAAGGGCAUCCGGCGCAUCGUGGCUCUGACCGGACACCCGGCCCAGCAGGCCCUGCGGAAGGCGAAGCAGCUGCAGGCUGAGCGUGGAGGAGAGUCCGGCGGAGGACGGAGGACAACGUGGCGAUGAACUAACGUUCUGUGA